AUGUAAGUUUACUGGUUAAAUAGCCACACUUAAAUUGUGUCUUUUGUGAAAUUUGUAUGCGCCCAACGGGCACCGGUAGUUUCGUCAUUUCCUCCGUACUCAGGAAGUGUGAGGUGGCUGGGUAACGCUAUCAAAAUGUCUGCCAUAUUCAAUUUCCAGAGUUUACUCACAGUUAUAUUGUUGCUCAUCUGCACCUGUGCAUAUAUAAGAGCCCUAGCACCAAGUCUGCUUGAUAAGAACAAAACUGGGUUUCUUGGAAUAUUCUGGAAAUGUGCAAGAAUAGGUGAACGGAAAAGUCCUUAUGUGGCCUGUUGCUGUAUCAUCAUGGCUUUUACCAUUUUAUUUUCAGUCUAAAUAAAAAAAGCCUCAACACCAGCAUAUUUGUAACUUGUCAGAUGUUUUUAGGCUAACUGUCCUCUUUAGCACAGUAUUUAUGCAAACUGAUAUAAAAUGCACGUUUUCCUGCCACCAUGCUUAAAAAAAUAUGUACCUGAUUGCUAAUGUGAAAUAUGUGAACGUUUCUGCAGCUUUUCAGGUAAAUGUGGUCUUGUUUGAAUCAUUUCAGCUGUUUAACAAACAGUUAUAUCAUUAAAAAACCUACUCAUCUGAA